UCAGUCAAGUUUUGUGAGUCGACGGAGGCGCAGCGGCUCGUCAGUGCGCAGAUCCGACUCUCCACUCCGCCGCUGCUCUCUUUGGGAUUUAACUUGUGCAUUUUUCCAGCGAGAGGCGCACAACACCAGGCGCAGGAUCUAAAGGUUGUCCCAGGUGGCGCUAUCGCUUUAAAGCGACCCCCCUCCCCUUAAACUCAGAGCCCGGAGCCACUGACCAAAUCAUGGAUGGAUUCUAUGACCAGCAAGUCCCUUUUAUAAUCCCACCCAAUCAGAAGUCCAGCCUGGAGGAGCCGCACAGACCUCUGAGCGACAGGAAAAGGAAAUUUGUGGAGACUGAACUGGCUCAGGACACAGAAGAACUUUUCCAAGACCUCAGCCAACUACAGGAGAUCUGGAUCGCUGAAGCUCAGGUGCCCGACGAUGAGCAGUUUGUCCCUGAUUUUCAGUCUGAUAAUUUGAUGUUUCAUGGCCCUCCUCCCACCAAGAUCAAACGAGAGCAGACGUCGUCCAAAGAUCUGUCGCCCUGUCGUCAGGACAGGAGUCCCAUGCCCUACACAGAGAAGUGCCUUUACAGCUACAGUGCCUGCGACAGGAAACCCACCCCUGGGUUCAAGCCAUUAACCCCUCCCUCCACCCCAGUGUCUCCAUGCGGGGCGUCCAACACACUGAGGGAGCAGACCCCUCCCACACCCCAACAUGGGCCCAGUCCCACCCCGAGGCCCACGCAGCAACACCCAAACCAGCUCCACAGCCUGCCCUUCGCUGUCCCCUGCACGCCCGUGACCCAGGAUGCAAACACCAGGUUUCAGAGGCAGAUGUCAGAACCGUGUCUACCUUUUCCCCAGUCAGAAAACCAAGGACACCCGCCGUUCCUCCCACAGCCCCCCAGCAGCAGCAGCGCUCUGCCCCGGGACAGCCGGCCUCCGUACCACCGGCAGAUGUCUGAGCCUUUGGUGGCCGUACCUCCGCAGAGUUUUAAACAGGAGUUCCUCGAUCCUCGCUACACGGAGCAGGGCGUUCCCACGAUGGUCCCAUCUGCCCCGGGCCCACAACAGCCGCCCUUUCACCCCAUGAGCAUCAAGCAGGAGCCUCGGGACUUCUGUUUUGAUUCUGAAGUGCCUCAGUGUCAGUCGUCGUUCAGAGCAGGGAGCUUCUACCAGAAUAAUCAAGAGAACUUUUUCGACAGAGAUUCUCAGCUCUAUUUCGACGACACGUGUGUGGUCCCCGAGAGGCUGGAGGGGAAGGUCAAACAGGAGCCGUCUGCGUACCGGGAGGGCCCCCCGUACCAACGCCGCGGCUCUCUGCAGCUCUGGCAGUUCCUGGUCACUUUAUUAGACGACCCGGCCAACGGGCAUUUCAUCGCGUGGACUGGGCGUGGCAUGGAGUUCAAACUCAUCGAGCCUGAAGAGGUGGCUCGUCGUUGGGGCAUCCAGAAGAACAGACCGGCCAUGAACUACGACAAACUGAGCCGCUCCCUGCGCUACUACUACGAGAAGGGCAUCAUGCAGAAGGUGGCCGGUGAAAGGUACGUGUACAAAUUCGUGUGCGACCCCGAGGCGCUCUUCUGCAUGGCGUUCCCCGACAACCAGAGGCCGAACCUGAAGGCCGACCCCGACAGCCUCCCCGGUUUGGGUUUGGACGACGACACCGUCCCGCUCACGCACUACGAGGACGCCGCCCCCUAUCUGCUGGAAGGAGGGGAGCAGUGCGUCGCGGGGUUACCUUUCCAAGACGGUUACGGCUACUGAAACGCCUCUGUACGUGAAGACUGCGCGCUCGAAACUGUACAGAGCUUUGAAAAGACACGUUUGGCUCGCGUUCCUCCACCGGACGCCUCGGCAACACGUCCCAACUGAGAGCGAACGAGGGAGGAAGGACCUGCUUUUACACUUAAAGCAUGGAGUUACUGUUUCCAUGGAGACCAAACAGCGAGGUCCAAGGACUUUCAAAAAAGCUGUGUGAUUUUUUUUUUUUUUUUUUUUUUUUUUUUUCUUGGUAAGAGACUGCGAGAGCUGUUACAAUCUGGUUCUAUGAGACAAUCACAAAAUGAAAUAUUGGGGAUGAACUUUGCAGCACUACUUAUACAGAUGCCUUUUAGUCCCUCAGUUCUUUCUGGAAAUCCACUAAAAGGGCUUUAACUAAAAAAAGGAUUGUCCGAAACCAGGGGAUUCAACAGAUCCCGGGGUCUCAGGGGCCCAAAAUUGGACCUUUCUAUCCAUUUAUAUUAAAGGGGGGGGGGGGGCCACGUGAGGCUUCUUGCCCCGGGCCCCCGCGUUUUCUGCCGACGGGCCUGGUCCGACCUCACCUUAUAGAAGUCCCCCCACAGUCCCCACAAACCAUGUAUUUCUGUAGAUAUUUGCUUUGGACAUUCGCCACGUGUGUUUUGUUUUUAUUACCCGGAGUGAAGGAUUCUGGGAUUGUCGCUGUAUUUCACGCUGUAGUUGGUUUCCUAUCUAAAUGUUCUACUUGUAACAUGAACAGAAGUGAAACAGCUUUUAUUUAAUGUAAGAAUCUGCAGUAGUCUCCUUGUAUCUUUUUUUUUCUUCUUUCAGUUACUCGUUACUCAACUUUUAAAAAAAAUAGCACUCCCAGUUAAAGUCCAGAUUCACUUUUCUAACCCGUCGCUCUCCCGUGUACGAGACAGCUCCUCUCUUUUGUAUUCUGUGUGUUCUACUUUGAGUUUCACCUCGGCAUUGCUCACGUAAACGCACCACUGUACCACAGAGCUAACCUUUUGCAUGCAAAAAAAACAAAACAAUCAUUGACUUUCGCCGCAACGGAAUGGGCAUCUGCCACCUUUAAGUUACCACUUCUCAGCUUCUCUUUGCAUGGCGUCACAAACAUAUCGCUUCAGUUUUUGGACAACGAAGAUAUUUGUGAUAUUCUGCGGUUCUUUUUCGUGUUCCUGUUUCUGAGUCGGGGCAAGGACAAACUGUUCUAAAGUAUAUAUUUUUGCUAUAAGGCUGCAUUUGUUUUCAUGUAUAAGCUAUUAGUUCUGGCUCUAUAGAAAUGUACCUUUUAAAAUAAACUAUCUUGAUCCUUA